GUCCAUAGGUAUUAGUUUAUUAGCUAAUAGGUAAUUGGAUAAAUCGAGUUCUUUUCAGUUCUUGCCGUCUGCGCCGGACGUUGCGGCUCGCAAUCGUUGUACCGUCAUUCGCGCCCAAAUUUGUUUUCAAAUUUAUGUAUUAAAAUAUAACAAACAUUUACAUUUUACAUCGUGUACGAAAAAUCUUCAAGGUGUCUCUUCGGACAUUCGUAAUCAAUUAAAAUUUUUAUAAAAAAAUUUACCGUACGUUCGGUUUGUUUUAUUUUCGACGCAUUCUGUAAUUAAGACGUUCUUGGAGGCGUCAUUAUUUUGAUUUCGGGUAUAAAUAUGUACCUUUCGGUUUCACGACCUUUGUCGUUCCGAUUGCGGUCUGUCUUAAAAAUAGAAAAAUUCGUGUGCUAACAUUUGUAAAAUAUAAUAGGUAUAUAUUCCUGUAAUACAUUUAUUCAAUACGCGUUCAAAUACUUGCAAUAAAUCGGAAUAACAGGAAUAACAUAUAAAAAUGGCCCCAAAUAUGACCAAGCGCCCAGUUGGCGCUCCUAGUGUUUUAUUUAAUGAAGAUGAUACAGAACCAUCUGUUGUUGAUGAAGGAAAUCAGAUAGCCGAAGGAGAAACUGUUGAAAAUAACAAAUACAAACCUUACAGAUAUCAAAGACAAAUUGUCUGGCGAAAUGUUGCUUUAUUUGUUUACCUACAUAUAGCUGCACUGUAUGGUGCUUACCUAAUGUUUGCUUCUGCAAAAAUAGCAACAUCUAUUUGGGCAAUUUUACUGUAUCAAAUGUCCGGAUUGGGAAUUACUGCUGGAGCCCAUAGGUUAUGGGCCCAUCGAUCAUACAAAGGAAAACUUCCAUUACGUAUUAUUUUAAUGAUCUUCAAUACAAUUGCCUUUGAGAACCAUAUUUAUGAAUGGGCUCGAGAUCAUCGGAUGCAUCACAAGUAUAGUGAAACAAAUGCUGAUCCUCAUAAUGCUAAACGUGGAUUUUUCUUUUCUCAUGUUGGAUGGUUGUUGUGUCGUAAACACCCAGAAAUAAAAGAAAAAGGACGUGGUAUUGACAUGAGUGAUUUAGAACGGGAUCCAGUUGUUGUAUUUCAGAUGACGUAUUAUUUGUUGUUGAUGCCGGUUUUAUGUUUCUUGAUUCCUACUUGUGUGCCUGUAUUUAUGUGGGGUGAAACAUGGUCCAAUGCGUGGUUUGUUGCUACUAUGUUCCGGUAUACUUUCACUUUAAAUAUGACAUGGCUUGUAAAUAGUGCUGCUCAUAUGUGGGGUGAUAGACCUUAUGACAAGUUUAUCAAUCCUUCAGAAAAUAUCGGUGUUGCAUUGGGUGCUCUUGGUGAAGGAUGGCACAACUAUCAUCAUGUAUUCCCAUGGGACUACAAAGCAGCAGAAUUGGGAAAUUAUCGUGCUAAUUUAACUACUGGAUUUAUAGAUUUCUUUUCUAAAAUAGGCUGGGCUUAUGAUUUGAAAACAGUAUCUAUGGAUAUGAUACGCAAACGUGUUGAUCGAACUGGUGAUGGAACUCAUAGUAGCAUUUGGGGAUGGGAAGACAAGGAAUUGUCACCAGAAGACCGUGAAGAAGCCGUUAUCAUCAACAGAUCCCAUGUAGGAUAAAAUAUAGUUUUUAGAAAAUGUUUAUACGAAGAAAAAAAACCAAAUACAGUUUGUUUUUCUUAAUAAAAAAAGAAAGAAAUCAAUAGAAUGCUGAAGUGUUAAUGAGAAAGGGGGAAACAUAAUUGACAGAUCCAUACAUAUAAACUUUUAACAAUGUAAAUAAAGAUAUAUUUUAAAAAAAAAGUUUAAACAAAAAGUUAAUACCGUUUUCCUUAGUUAUUAUAUUUUAUGUAAUAAAAUAUAAAUAUGUAUAGUAUUUUAUAAUUUUAAUUAAUUUAUUAAUUUUUUUAUAUACAUUUUUGGAGCCAUCAUUUUCAAAAAAAAAUAAUAUAUUUAUGAUAAAGCCCGCUUUUUUUCUUCGUUUAGUUCCUAAUCAACAAUUAUAUUGUUUAAAAAUUGAAUGUAUUCUACACCUUUGAAAUAUGUACACGUCGUAUCAGUUUAAUCACCACUAUAUUGGUUAUCCGUUUUUCUGGAACAGUAAAAUUAUUGUAUUUUAUUUAUUUUAUAUUGUGGUUUUAUAUUAAUUAUUUUGUCUUACAUAAUAAUAUGAACAUAAGAACAUUUUAAUAUAACAUGAAUUAAAAAAUAUAUGAUAAGUAAAACUAACUGGCUCCAUUUCACACCAUAUUUUAUGUUUUUCAAGUAAAAAUAAAUAUGUAUUUUUUUUCAUACAAA